UCCCUGCCCAUCCCUCCCCUGGCCGCUGGCAUCCCCCAGCCCAGGUUGAAAGUGGCCGGCGGCGCGGCGGUCAGCGAGCUUGGGGCUAUGGGGCUUGGGGGCAGCGCCGCCGCGCCUCUCGCCUCCCGCGGGCUCUGAAACGUCUAGCCUAGAGGAGAUGGGGGGCUGCGGUUAGUGGAGGCUGAGGCUCGCCGGGUGCGAGGAUCUGAGGAUGCGGCUCCAGCUGUUGCUGCUGCGGCGGCGGAGCUGCGGCUCCUGAGCGCCCCGGGGCUCCAGGCUCGGCUCCAGGCGCCCGGCCAUGCCGCUUCCACCACUCCUCUGGCUACUGGGCUGCGGCCUCCUGGCCUCCGCGGCCCUGGCCAGCUACUCGGAGGAUCAGUGCAGCUGGAGAGGCAGUGGCUUGUCCCAGGAGACGAACAGCGUGGAGCAGCUAUCCCUGCAUUGUGCUGAGGGCUCCCUGGAGUGGCUGUACCCAGCAGGGGCCCUGCGCCUCACCCUCUCCCCCAGGCUGCCCCCAGGCAGUGCUGGAGCUGGUCAGAGUCCCAGGCAUAUCACAGCCUGCAUCAAGUCCUCUGGCCCCUUCCGGGGGGCCCAAGUCUACGUGGAGAGAGAUGGACUCCUGGAGCUGCUGUUAGCUGAGGCCCAGGGGCCGCCCAGGGGCCGGUGUGUCAGCUGGCAGCCCCAGGAGCGGGUGGCUCUGUUCGUCCAGUCCACCCCACAUCGGGAUAUCAGUCGCCGAGUAGCAGCCUUCCGCUAUGAACUUCGAGGGGAUUGGCACCUGCACCUCCCCCUGUUCACCCACAACCUUAGCAUGGAAGGAACCUGUCGCCCGUGCAGUGAUGCUGAGGUUCUCAUGGCUGUGUGCACCAGCGAUUUUGUGGUUCGAGGGACCAUCUGCGGGGUGACUCACGACCAGGAGCUGCAAGAGUCAGUGAUCAGCGUCAGCACGCCUCGCAUCCACCGGCAGAAGUUCCCCUUGUUCCAGCCAGCUGAGUCCCCCAGCCAGGUGUCCGGCACCAUCCGCACCCCCUUGCGCUGCGGCGUCAGGCCCGGCCCUGGCACCUUCCUCUUCACUGGCUGGAGUCACUUUGGGGAGGCCUGGCUGGGCUGCGCUCCCCGGUACCAGGAUUUCCGCCGCAUGUAUGACGCGGCUCAGGCUGCCCACCACAACCCCUGUGAGAUGGCCCUGGAUUAAGGCUCCCUGAGGUUGGGAAGAAAGGACCCCACUGACCACGCUGAGGAGCUCUCAGUACCCCGGAUUGUCCAGAGGUGCUGUAAGAAAGAGGAAUUGCUUUGAUCCUAGCUUGUGUUUUAGGAAUCGGCAAGGUCUAACGACCAGCAUGUUCCCGGGCAUCCAAGUGCAGAACCAAUGAUGCCAGUCUCAGGAGAGAUGUUGAGGGGGCACUUUGGGCAAUUAAUCUGGGGGAUAGCCUGGGCUGGGAAAAGCCAUCUUUUCCUUGGUAGAGCUCCCCCACCAUCAUCCUGUGGGGUGCCGCCUGUCCUGUGCAUCUUGCAGAUCAGAGCGGUCUUAGAGGAAAGAUGAACCGGCCCUUCACUCUACCUUCCCCUUUCCAGGGAGACAUUGCUGCUAGAGCCUGGGACUCCCCAGCUUGGUGGGCAUCUCGCUUGGAAAUGACUUGACAGAUUGGGUUAGGAAGGGAAGGGGUGGGAGAGAGAAAGGCGGAGAAGAGGCCUUGGGGGCCCCACAGGGAUCCUGAUACCAAAUGUAUGUGCCCGCAGUGGUGUUUCGGGGGAACUAAACUCUCUGCCAAGCAUGUGGUUUAGUGGUUUCUUCCUGCUUUCAUCGGCAGGUAGGGGCUUCAUUGGUGAAAGUAUUGGGGGGAGAAGGCAAGGGACUGUUGUCCUGGUUAUUUCCCUCUUCCAAAAGCCCUUUCCCUUCUCUGCCUGGCUCUCCAGCCUCUUGACCCUAUUGGCUGGAUAGUUUUAUUAGGCAAACCUUUUUGGAGAAAGUAACUGAAUUCAAUGAAAGGAAGGUUUGAGGGUAUGGGGUAGGUUAGGGUGUAAAAUGACUUGAACAGUCAGAUUCCUUUUACCUUGGUACCUUAUUUAUUGUUGUGUGUCCCCUUUCACACACCUCUUCUCCCCCUGCCUUCCAAGCUCAUCGUGGCCCUCGCUCACAGCCCUGUACAUGUUGUUUCAAUUAACCUUCAGUCCUGUCUUCUAGGUAUAUGGCCAUUCUGGGACACAUGCAUCCUCUCAAACACAGGCUCUCACACCCACCCACAUGCUCCUUGUGCAUUCUCUUAUGUGCGCUAUCUCUCUCUCUCUCACACACACAUACACACACACACACACACACACACACACACACACUUUCCUUUUUCUUGCACUGAAGUUGCCUCAGUUCUCUCAAGUCCUGCAUUUUAUAUCCGCCCACAAUGGGAGCUGAUAAAUGGGUUAAAAACUCCCACUUCCUGACACACACAGGAGGAACAUCAUCCCCCAGCCACUCUUCUCCAUCUCUGAGAACUGAAGCUGGAAGGAUGGAGAGAUUCCUGGAGGCUGAGCUCACACUGGCCACCAUCCAAGAAGGCAACUAAGGGGAUAAGGAAAGGAAGAUGCUCUCUCUUAGAGCUCGCAUCUCAGAGAGAUAGACCAAGCAGAUAAACUCAGUUUUCAGAGUUUGCUUAGGUGGUUCUCAUUAAUCCAAAGUGAGUAAGAAUGCCUGCAGAGAGCCUUAAGCCCAGAGGGAGGCAGAGAAAGGGAAGAUUAGCAGAAAGGAAUGAAUGUUCCCUAGAAAAAGCUGAAUCCAAAAGCCUGUUUCCUUGAGAUUUAGAACAUCUUGUAAAUGGUGUACUAGCCUGAAAUUCAGAACUGCUGAAGUUUGUUGAAUUUUGUUUCAGCUUUGACUUUGAAUGACUCGUUAAAAAGCCACUUCCCCGUCUUAGUGCCCUAGUCACCCUGUCUGUAAAAUGGGGAUAGUCAUCUUUGGCUCAGGCCCACCUUCCUGGGGAUGAAUGAGAGGAUGUCUGUGAUGUGCUGGGAGCGCCUCAGAAGUGGUGGACGUGAGAUGAAUUCUCAGCACCAUGGGCAAUCUGUCUUGCUAGAGAUGAGAGAGCCGGUUUGCAAGAGAGAAUAGGAGAAGGCCUGAGUGGGGAGAAGGAAGCACUCUAAAUUUGGAAGACAGCAGUAGGAUGUCUUGGGGAUUGAGGAAGGAGGGAGAGAGGGAGCGAGAGGGCACCCCGUCCCGGGCCGGGCUCUCGCCCUACUUUCUGCAGUCCAGCACAUUCCAGGGAAGAAUGUGCCACUUGUUGCUGAAUUUCCUCACAGAGGCCGGGGAGCUGUUUCACCCAGCUGGGCUCAGGGCUCCGGGCUCUCCUCGCCGCCCCCCCCUGCCAGCCCUGGAAGGGGAGCUGCACAAUGGGGUCUCUAAGGAGAUGUUUCCCGCCACUUCCCCCCAUUGUCGCCCUUUCUCUCCCUCCCCCAUUCCUUCCUCCUUGCUCUUUCAGGCAGAUAAAGGGCUGAAUUGGUGAAUUGGUGGGUUACAAAGAAGAGGCGGCACAAAGCCUGAAAGAGGCAGAGGACUGUGGCUGCUUCCCCUGUCUCUUCCCCCCCCCCCCCCCCCAAGCCAAAGCCAGGAAGAAGGAUGACCCCGGAGUCCCUCUGCUGGUAUGGCUGACUUCCUCCAGUCCUUCUGAUGGGGAGAACGGCCCCCCUGCCCAGGCUUCUCCAGAGCUGGGGGAGAGAGUGCCUCUUAGGGGGAAAACAGCAGCUGGAGUUAUUUGGGAGAAAGGGCCAGGAUCAUGUAUCAGAUCAAGGUUUCCCCCACUUCCCCCUCUCCCCGAGGUACUUGGUGG